UAAUUUUCUUUUACGGUUAAGCAAAAUAAAAGAAAAUUUUUGUGUAUAAAAAAGAAAACAUAGCGAGCGCGUUAGUGUUCGAAUGUGAAUAGAAAACCCGAUUGUCGUGCUUCUCUUUGCACAUUGUGAUUUAGUAAGAAGCGAAGCAAAAAUUUGUUUAAAGGUGCCAAAGAGGCACCUUCAUUUGUUAGUAAACGUUCACAAAUGACUUAGUGAGAUGGGGAAUAGAGAGCAAAAGAAAAUGAACAUGAAUAUAUUUAAAAAUUUAAAGACAUUGUGCAUAUUUUUUCCUGAUUCUUUAGCAGACUUUGCCGGUUACCAGUUACCGGCAAUAUUUAUAUUAAAGUGACCUUUUGCCAACAAUUUUUUAUGAAACAUAAACUGCACGCAAAAACACGACCACGGCAAAGACAGCGAAGAUUUGACGAACGAGUGAAUAAGAAUAAAUAGCGAAUGCGAAAAACGGUGAUGGCGGCAUAGUUGCCACUGCUGAAAACAAAGUUUGGAAGUCAAUAGGAAAUGAGUUUACAACAUUUAAAUGACAAUUGUUAUGCAUCAUAUAAUGGAUUAUCACCACUAUAGAACCUUAACUAAAACAACUUUUCGAUAAUCGGUCCUAAGGAGGUAACCUGAUUUAUACUUCUAAGGAAUCUUGGAAAUAUUGAGCAAUUUAUUUUGCUUGUCGGUUAACCAUUUCUAAGUAAAAACUUACUCAAAUUUUAGCAUUGAUUUGACAUUCUUUGUAUCUCAUUUCUGAUAGUUUUGCCAGAGAAUGUAAAUAAUCUACAUUCUCUGGUUUUGCUAUAUUUUAAAAGUGUGGACCUUUCCCUUGGUCAUCAGAACGUUGAAAUUUUUGCUUAUUAUGGAGAGAUAUAAUAGAUACUGUAUUUCACAAUAUGAAUCAUUUCUUUUGUAAGCAUAGUGUGUAAGCACCCUUAAUUUUGUUUUGUUUAAAUUACGGCUAAAAUAUACGAGUACAUAUGCGUGAACUUAAUAGCGGAAAGUUUUUAUUUCAUUGCAUUGUUUUUAUUAUUUCCAUUGGCCUUAAAACUACAAAUUUAUCAGGUGUUUUGUAUUUAAGUGUUUUAAAUGCAUAUGUAUGUCAAUUUCUACCAGCAAGGAUACAUUAAUUACAUUUGUCAGUUCAACGAAUAAUUUCAAAAGAAUUGUUUUGAGUGGGAAUAAUGCCAACUAUUAAAGUAACACCAUUAGGUGCUGGUCAGGAUGUUGGACGCAGUUGCCUACUAUUAUCAAUGGGUGGCAAAAACAUCAUGCUUGACUGUGGUAUGCACAUGGGGUACAAUGAUGAACGUCGUUUCCCUGAUUUUUCAUAUAUCGUCCCAGAAGGUCCAAUAACAAGUCACAUUGAUUGUGUGAUAAUUUCUCAUUUUCAUUUGGAUCACUGCGGAGCUUUGCCAUAUAUGUCCGAGAUGGUAGGCUAUUCGGGUCCUAUUUACAUGACGCAUCCAACCAAAGCUAUUGCCCCCAUAUUAUUAGAGGAUAUGCGAAAGGUGGCUGUAGAGCGAAAAGGCGAGUCAAAUUUCUUCACUACACAAAUGAUAAAAGAUUGUAUGAAAAAGGUUACCGCUGUCACAUUGCAUCAAAGCGUUAUGGUGGACAACGAGUUGGAGAUUAAAGCAUACUAUGCCGGCCACGUGUUGGGCGCUGCAAUGUUUUGGUUACGCGUCGGCUCGCAAUCGGUUGUGUAUACGGGUGAUUACAAUAUGACACCUGAUCGUCAUUUAGGCGCUGCAUGGAUAGACAAAUGCAGGCCGGACUUAUUAAUUUCUGAGAGCACAUAUGCAACAACUAUACGUGAUUCAAAACGUUGUCGCGAGCGUGACUUCCUUAAGAAAGUGCAUGAAUGUGUAGCUAAGGGAGGAAAAGUUUUAAUACCUGUGUUUGCGUUGGGUCGCGCACAAGAGCUUUGUAUUUUAUUGGAAACAUAUUGGGAACGUAUGAAUUUGAAAUUCCCCAUAUAUUUUGCGGUGGGUUUGACAGAGAAAGCGAAUACCUAUUAUAAAAUGUUUAUCACCUGGACCAACCAGAAGAUACGUAAAACGUUUGUGCAACGAAAUAUGUUUGACUUUAAGCAUAUUAAACCAUUUGAUAAGGCUUAUAUUGAUAAUCCUGGAGCUAUGGUCGUAUUUGCUACGCCAGGUAUGUUGCAUGCUGGUUUGUCAUUGCAGAUUUUUAAAAAAUGGGCACCAAAUGAAAAUAAUAUGGUUAUCAUGCCUGGAUAUUGUGUUCAGGGCACAGUAGGUAAUAAAAUUCUUGGAGGUGCAAAAAAAGUCGAAUUCGAAAAUAGACAGGUGGUUGAGGUGAAAAUGUCUGUGGAAUAUUUAAGUUUCUCCGCACAUGCUGACGCAAAAGGUAUUAUGCAACUAAUACAAAAUUGUGAACCAAAAAAUGUCAUGUUGGUGCAUGGUGAGGCUGAAAAAAUGCAAUUUUUACGCACCAAAAUAAUGGAGGAGUUUAACAUUGAAACCUAUAUGCCUGCAAAUGGCGAGACUUCAGUUAUUUCAACACCUGUAAAAAUUUCUGUCGAUGCAUCGGUAUCUUUGCUCAAAGCAGAAGCCCGCGUAUACAAUGCUCAACCGCCUGAUCCAAAACGACGACGUCUCAUACACGGUGUACUUGUCAUGAAGGAUAAUCGUAUUAUGUUGCAGAAUCUAACUGACACACUGAAAGAAUUCGGUAUUAAUCGCCAUGUAAUGCGCUUUACAUCCAAGGUUAAAAUGGACGAUCCCGGCCCACGUUUGCGUACGGGUGAGAAACUUUUCGCGCUGCUACAAGAAAAACUGGUCGGCUGGACUGUUAGCAUGCAGGAAAGUUGCACGAUAUGUGUCGAAACAGUUGAGAUAAAGAUUGAGGAAGAUGAAAAGGACCCGAAACAUAAAACCAUACUUAUAACAUGGACUAAUCAAGAUGAAGAUAUCGGCGCUUAUAUAUUGAAUUUGCUACAAAAUAUGUGUUGAUUCAAAAUAAAUUUGUGAAUUUCUAUAGCUAUUAAUUUGUCUUUAUAUACGCAUCUAGGUAUUUUUGAGAAAAUACAAAAUUUAUAAUAAAAUAUA